AUGGAGGAGCUGGCGGAGCUGGGCCACCUGUUCAUGACGGUGUUCCUGUCGACGCUGUCGGCGAUCAUGGUGGUUCCGGCGAUCACCGACGUCACCAUGGAGGCGCUCUGCCCCGGCGUCGACGAGUGCUCCCUCGCCAUCUACCUCUCCGGUUUCCAGCAAGCUGUGAUAGGAGUGGGGACGGUGGUGAUGAUGCCAGUAAUUGGGAAUUUGUCGGACAGAUACGGGCGCAAAGCUUUGCUCACGUUCCCCAUCACCAUCUCCAUCAUUCCUCUCGCAACACUGGCAUAUAGCAGAUCAACAGAGUUCUUCUAUGCCUACUACAUUCUCAGGACACUCACUGCCAUGCUCUCUGAAGGCAGCACCAAUUGCCUUGCUCUUGCCUAUGUGGCAGACAACAUCUCAGAAUCCAAAAGGACAUCAGCAUUUGGGAUCCUAGCCGGUGUUGGCUCGGCUGCUUUCGUCUUUGGGACCUUAGCUGCUCGCUUCCUCUCCACCGCGCUAGCGUUCCAGGUUGCUGCAGUCCUGUCCAUGGCUGCAGCUGUGUACAUGAGAGUCUUUCUCAAGGACAAGCUGUCUGAAACAGGACACCUCUUAGCACAGCCAAUCUUGAAGCAAAUAGUCUCGAACGACGAUGAGGUUGGUGACGGUGAUAGCUGUGUUCUUACCAACAAGGUGGCAUUCAAGGCAUUUCCAUCCGUUGGUGACCUUAUUUCCUUGCUUAGGACCAGUGUGACAUUUUCGCAGGCAGCAAUUGUCACAUUCUUCAACAGUCUUGCUGAAGGUGGACUCCAAGCAGCGAUGAUGUACUAUUUGAAGGCGCGAUUUCAGUUCAGCAAGAACCAGUAUGCUGAUCUAAUGCUGAUUGUGGGUCUUGCAGGAAUGCUGUCUCAACUUGUUCUGAUGCCAUUGUUGGCACCUUUCAUAGCAGAACAGAAGCUGCUUUCACUUGGACUGUUGGUAGGCUGUGCAAAUACCGUUGUUCUGAGUGUCGCGUGGUCAGACUGGGUUCCAUAUGCAACAGCAGUAUUCGCUGUAGUUGCAGUUCUUGUAACUCCUUGUCUUCGUAGCAUCGCGUCGAAGCAAGUUGGACCGAGUGAACAGGGGAAGGCUCAGGGUUGCCUUUCAGGGAUAGGUUCCAUUGGCAGCAUCAUAUCUCCAUUGCUCUUUAGCCCUUUGACAGCUAUGUUCCUUUCUGAACAUCCACCAUUUGACUUCCCUGGAUUCAGCAUUCUGUGCAUCGGAUUCAUGACGAUGAUUGCCUUCAUUCAGAGUCUAAUGAUAACUGCAGAUCAUCAUCAGAUCCCAACUCACAAGAUCGACUGUAGUGACCGCAUGGAGGCCUCUAGUUGUGAUCACUUGAGAUAG